CGGCACGGGGGAAGCCUGGGGCUGGGCUUGGCUGCCAUGGGGACAGCACGUCAAGAUGUCUAUGAUCUCCUCAAAACCAACCUGUACCAAGAUGACGCAGUGACCGGCGAAGCGGCCGGUCUGGCUCUGGGCCUGGUGAUGCUGGGAUCCAAAAACGCUCAGGCCAUCGAGGACAUGGUGGGCUAUGCCCAGGAGACCCAGCACGAGAAGAUUUUACGGGGCUUGGCCGUGGGCAUCGCCCUGGUGAUGUACGGGCGCAUGGAGGAAGCCGAUGCCCUCAUAGAGAGCCUCUGCAGAGAUAAGGACCCAAUUCUCCGCCGUUCGGGGAUGUAUACCGUCGCAAUGGCUUAUUGUGGCUCAGGAAACAACAAAGCCAUCAGGCGUCUGUUGCACGUGGCGGUGAGCGAUGUGAACGAUGACGUCAGACGGGCGGCUGUCGAAUCUCUGGGCUUUAUUUUGUUCAGGUGUGCUUUGCGUGUCACAACUAGCCAGCCGUAUAUAACCCCCAGCUGA